GGACGAGAGAGGAAAAAAGGAAAGGAAAAAAAUGAGAAACGGAGGAGGAAGAAGGAAAACCGAAAGGAAAAGGAAGCUAUGACGUUACGGACAUGGAAGGUCGUUGUUGGUCGCUAGGCGAUGCCUGGAUAGCUGCUCUGCUCUGCUCUGCGGUGCUCUGCGGUGCUCUGCGGUGCUCUGCUCUGCGGUACUCUGGUUGGUUAGAGACUUGGAAUACCAUGGAAUCGACUCUAGAAUCUACUCUAGAUACCGGUACUCCUCGGGUGGGGUUAAGAUACAGACACAGACACAGACACAGACACAGACACUGUUCUCCGGGGAUGGAUCCUUUCGUUUCUUCUUCUUCUUCCUCAUCCUCAUCCUCUUCUUCCUCUUCGUCUUCGUCUUGUUCUUUCUCAUCCUCGUCUUCCUCCCUCGCUCGGAUGACCACUGACCACACUCGCCGGACCAGCCUACCCCGCGAGUUCCAGAACCACCAUGCACACAAGUACACAAUAGUGUAGUACCCAUCCGCAUCUCGAAUUCCUUCUUCCUUGACGUUCCUUCUUCCUCGCCCCCAGGCCGAGGGGGCGAGAAUAUAUCUCCCUCGUGCACUCCCUCGUGCCCGUGAAGGUACGUUGCUUUUUCCACCCCCCGACUCCCAGAGCGUUUCGGCGGACGCGCUGUCCUUCAGAGUUCAGACCAGUUCAGACCAGUGCAGACCAGUUCAGACC